CACAAGUGAGGAAGAGGCAAGCAAGCGAGCAAGCUGCUUCAUCACCCUGUAGUCGAAAAAGAGUGGACAUCCCAGCCUGAGGCCUGGCCAACACAUUUGUCGUCAGCAGAAGUGUCAGUACCUUUGUCGUCGGCGGAGCCAACCUUCUUCGAUGUUGGGCAACGUGAAGACUUUCUUAUGGCGCACGCUAUGCCUGCAAACGAUACGUCGCCACUUCUUUAACACGGGGAUCGAGAUUCUAUUAUUGGGUUUCAUAACUUUGUUACUGCCGCUUACGCAUACUCCGGCUACACCGCUCAGCAAGGAUUCCGGGGAGAAGGACGCCAGUUCUGUUUUGGUGCCGCCUGUAUUGACGGACAUUGUGUACGCACCGAAGAGCGACUACAACGAUGAGCUGAUGCGUGCCGUGGGUGACGAGGUAUACAUUCGUCAUACGCAGGGUGUCCUUAGCGGCAAGCGUCGGGAGCCCUCGCCUGACAGCUUGGAACGAGGCGCCCGCGUUGUCGGCUCUCUGGUCGGCGCCGGUGCCAGCGAUGACUCGCGCCAAGGAUCUGGCUCCGUGAAGCUGCACCCCGAGCCCAAUGCAGACGCCAUGAUUGAAAAAUGCAAGAAGCUGACGGGCAUCUUCUCCAACAACACCUCGUUGUGCGUGAAUCUGUCUGGCUCGGAAGGAGAAUCGGCUAGCCUCGCGAUGACGCUGUACGUUCCCUCAACAUCAAUCCGACCAAACAGGGCGAACCUCUUUCCCCUCGGCUCCUUGACCAAGACCGAAUCGUCCUUCGAUACAGCCAUGAAGUACCAGUAUGUAAUAGAGCAGGCACACUUAAGCCAACAGAGUAAACGCUAUCCAGAGAGGCCAAUGAAUGAAACGGUCAGCAUUGAUGUCAUGCCCGGCUGGGUGUUUGAGGGCCUCGAAACGGAGGAUUACGCGGAAGCCCUCUAUUUCGUUACUUCUUUAGCGUUCAUUAUGCCUAUGAUUCGACGGAUAAACGCAAUUCAGCAGGAGUUUACAAGUGGCACGGCGGAACACCAGUGUGUAAUGGGGUUAACUGGCGCCGAAUUCUUCUGGGGCCACUUCCUCACGGCUUUCAUUAUUGGCCUUAUCGAGAGUUUCUUUGCCAUCUCAAUUAUGUUUCUGGUACAAUUCGGAGGACAGACGUACGCCGAAGGAAUGAACCUGGGUCUGGUGAUCAUAUCGUUCAUCAUGUUUCAGAUUCAAUACAGCAUGCUUAUUAUACUCAUCACGUGGGUGUUCCCGAAAGGUUGGGUGGCGCUAAUCGUCGCUAUUCUGAUAGCAUUCGUGGCUCCAUCAAAGAUCUCAGACUUGACGUGGUCUGUGUCAUUGCCCAAGUAUUUCAUGUACUCAAAAACGGACAAGAUUCUCGCAUCUCUUCUGCCGACCAGUGCCCUUUACUCUUUACUGAGGAUUGUCUCCAUCGCCCGAGACUAUGAAGAUAUUGCAGGAGGCUCAUCAUGGUUCCUCGUGACCAGGGGAGUACUCGGCAAAGAUAACGUCACGAUUGGGGAACUUUGGGCAUUCAUGGUUAUCUGCGAUGUUGUCAUGGCGUUCUUGGCAUGGUACCUCUCGAAAGUUCUUCCCUGGAGCACCGAUAAUCGACAAAGCCCGAUGUUCUGCCUUAUGCCCAGCUAUUGGAAGAGCGAAGGCGCCGUAGCCACAACCGAAAAAAUGACGGUCAAGCAAGACGCCCAGCGAUUUGAGGAAAUGCCGCCUGGCAACAAGGCUGUAAUCGCCACCGACAAUCUGACCAAGGUUUAUGGUUACAAGCCAGCACUGAAUGGCGUUAAUUUGAAAGUGUACGAGACGAGAAUCACAGUGCUUCUUGGCCACAACGGAGCUGGCAAGACUACAUUGAUGAGCAUCUUGACAGGAAUGCUGGCCCCAACAAGUGGUGCAGUCCGAGUAUGCGGCUACAACGUUGCCAGCCAGCGUGAGCAGGUGCGCCAGCGGGUCAGCUUUUGUCAGCAGAAAGACAUCUUUUUCGAAGACAUGACUUGCGUGGAAAACCUUCUCUACUUUGGGUCGCUUAAGAAAGGACACCAUGACAGGCUCAUGAGUUCAAUCCAGGAGACACUGCGUGUGGUCGGGCUGGGAGACAAGGUGUACAACAUGCCCAGCGAGCUCAGUGGCGGCAUGAAGCGAAGGCUGAGCAUAGCGAUGACUCUUGUUUCUGAUCCAGAGGUGCUGAUUCUCGACGAGCCAACCGCAGGCCUGGAUCCGGAGACGAGGCGGAUCGUGUGGGAUACAUUGCAGAACGUAGGCAAGAAGAAAACCCUUCUAAUCUCUUCUCACGACAUGGAGGAAGCUGACGCCAUCGCAGACCAGAUAAUCAUCAUGGCUUCUGGUGUGAUUGUUUGCAGUGGAUCGACGGCUUUUCUCAAAACAGCAUGUGGCGUCGGAUACAAGCUGACGUUCAUCAAGGUAGCGAAUGCAUUCAAGCUCAAUGACACCAUGAACAUCGUCCGCCAUGCUGCACCUGCAGCAAUCGUCGAUGACGACAAGGAGGCAGCGGUGUCCAUCGCACUGGGCACUUUGGACAACAAGGGAUUCCCUGCAAUGUUCAGGGCGCUAGAAAGCUCCCUCCGGCGACUUGGCAUUGCAAGCAUCGGUGUGACCGUUGCCUCGAUGAAGGACGUUUACCUGAAGAUAAACUUGGACUGGGCGCCAGGCGGGAAAGAACGAGAACACGAAGUAGAAGGAAAAGACAUCGAAGGUGUCUGCAAACCAAUCACGAAACGGCGCGCGAUGGCCAGAUCGUUCGGGGCCCUCUUCAGAAAGCGGUUUCUGAGCCUCUUGCGGAGCUGGGAUCUCCUGGUAGCGUUUGGCCUUGUGCCACUCUUAUUGCUGGUGUUGUUGACGUGGAGUUCGGGACAUGGGCAAGGAAGCCGUCAGUUGGUGCAGAGCCAGAGUCAAGGUGGGACCGUCGAAAUCGCAGUAAAUAUGGACGUCCAUUUCCCGGGAUCCACCGUGUUGCUUGGUGAGUCACCAUCCACCAACGUAAGUCGAAACCUGCGGGUACUCGUGGAAUCACAAGGCGGCCGCGUGCUCACCACCACCAAAGACGUGCGGAAGGAGCUCCAGGAAAUCAUCGAGCAAGACUUCUCAGGUUACCUCAAGGAGUACGCCAUGAUCGUGGAAUUCAAAGAGAAUGUCAUACGAAUGAUGGCCAACCCUACGAGCGCCGUCACACUUCUCGUCGUGGUCAACCUGGUGGACACUGCUCGGCUGCGAGCUCUGACGGCGCAGCCGACGGCGCUGAUCGACGUCACCAUCGCUUACCUGCCACCGGACGAUGUGGAAAAGCUUGUGGCCGUUUUUGUCUCACGCUUCGUCGCUUGGCUAGAGUGGAUGUUCUCCUUCGCUGUCACCUACUCGUUGGCCUUCGCCGCGUACUCCUCGUUUCCGGCGGCCGAGCGACUGAGUGGAGCCCGAGACGUGCAGCUCAUGACGGGAAUCUCGGGGGCCGAGUUCAUCUUCGCCCACUUUGUCUUCGACUUCCUUCACCACGCCCUGUUCAGCGUGCUGUGGGUCGCCAUCCACUACGCUUUCAUCUCCUACCCGUUGCGCUCGGCCGGCUUCUUCCUGCUCACUUUCUUGUCCGCUGGGCCUCUAGCAAUCGCGUAUGGCUACGUGACGGCGGAUACCACAGCGACCGCAGGCUCUGCAGUGGGUCGGAUUUUUACUACCUUUUUCGUUGGAGGUGCAGCGACUGUAAUAGCGAGAACCAUUAUUGUGGUGUUGACAAAAUCGGACACCGUGGACUACGUGGCGAUUCUCUUUGGUCCUUAUGCGCUGCUGUCCAUGCUCGUCAAGGUGUGGAAUGACAUAACCCAGAGCGAGCAGUGCAAGCUCCUGCGGCAAUUUGGUGCCCGUGGCAAAGUGAAAGUGCCUGGAUUUGCAAUAAAUUGCGACGGCAGUCUGCUGGAAUUUAGCUACGAGGGAUUAGGCUACGAGCUGUUGAUCGUGCUAGUCGAAGGCCUGCUGCUCCUGGCGAUCGUGAUCUUCUGGACAUCCGGCUACCGGGGUUUUCGAGACCCCUUCGCGCCCAGAGAGUUUCCCGCCGAGGAAGACGUCGAGGAGGAGAAGAGGCGCGUCAAUGCUGCACGGCAGCAAGAAGGGCUCGGAGGCUACUCGCUCCUCGCGUGGAGUCUUCACAAGCGGUACGGCUACUUCCACGCCGUCCGGGGCAUGUACAUGGCGCUGCGGCCCUCCGAGUGCUUCGGCCUGCUCGGCGUGAACGGCGCCGGCAAGACAACCACGUUUCAGAUGCUGGCCGCGCUGAUCAGCGUCACGUACGGCGACGCCUGCACCGCUGUGGCCAAGCUCAGCGGAAACGUUCGUAAGUGGCAGUCGCAGGUCAGCUACUGCUUCCAGCUCGGAGGCCUACUGGAUAGGCUGAACGCGUACGAGUACCUGUACCUGGUCGGCCGACUGCGAGGCAUCCCUGAAUGCGAAUUGAAGCCCAUGGUGGACAGCGUCAUAUCGGUCGUUGACCUCGACGAGCACGCCUCGAAGGAGUGCGGCGUGUACAGCGGAGGCAACCGCCGAAAGUUGUCCAUCGGAGCCGCUCUGCUGGGACUGCAGCCAUUCGUGUUUCUGGACGAGCCGUACGCGGGGGUGGACGUCGUGUCCAGAAACAAGAUCUUCCGAGCCAUCGCGGAGAUCAAGAAAUGCGCGCAGACGACCUUCGUACUUACGUCACACAACAUGGACGAAUGCGAGUUUUCAUGCGACCGGAUCACCAUCAUGGUCAACGGCCAAGCGACGUGUCUGGGCACGCUGCAGCGCCUGCGAGAAAAGUUCGGCCAGGGCUACCGACUCGAGUUCCUGCUUAAGCACACGGCUGCGGCAGACGCGCCCAAGCUCAAGAAAGCUGUGGCAGAAGUCUUCCCCACAGCCAAGCUCAAGGACGACAACAAGAAUCUGCUCGGCUACCAACUGAUGGAGCGAAUGCCUUGGAGCAAGCUGUUCACUGAGGUGGGGCAACUCCAGCAAAAUUUCCCCCUUGAACACGUCCUGGUCGGGGAGAACACCCUCGAAGACAUCUUCUUAAACUUUGCCAGAUUGCAGGGAUCUCCCUCACUUCCUGGCGGUUUCGCUUAACUAGACGUUGGUAAGAGAGUGUUGAGCAGCAGGGCCACGUCCAGCUUUUAGACGCAACUCCGGCUGCUGCAAGUUGCUUCGCGAGGCAAGCAAUAAAGGCCUUUCUGACAUGGAA